AUGGGGAACGACACAUCAGGAAAUCCUGAGUUUCCAAUGGAGGGCGGAUGCGCCUGCGGUCUCCGCGAGACAGGGACAGCAUUUGCCCUGAACGCAGUCAUUGAAUCCACCCUCGUUACUCUCCUCCCGUCGGCACCACCAAUUGUCCCUGCAUCUGCCCAGUGCGACGCAAAACCAGCCGCCCCACCAAUCCGGCCGUUUAAAGAAGACCGUGCCGUUGAGCCGGAGACAAUCCUCACUCCGUCUGAAUCUGGAAAGGGGCAGACUAUCGCAAGAUGCCCUAAAUGCCAUGUAGCAGUCUGGUCAAACUAUGACGGGGCUGGGCCGUUUUGCCGAUUCAUUCGUGUGGGGACGUUGGAUGAGGCGUGGAAGGUCGGGCCGGAUGUUCAUAUUUAUACACGAAGCAAGAGGGGCUUCUUUAGGCUGGAUGAUGGGCUGCCGCAAUUUUCCGGAUUUUAUCCCAGUGUUGAGGAAGUAUGGAGCAAACAGAGCUUGGAGAGGUGGGCCAAGAUCUGGCCGGAGAUUGUCAAGUAUAAGGAAAGCUUGAUUUAG